AAUACACAGAGAUGGGUGGAGCAAAAAAGAGGAAGAGAAACCAGGAGCAGAGAGCACGAGUCUGUCUGGAGGAACAGGUAGAUGUCGGAAAGUUUUAGACAUAGUUUUGAUUAACUCAGCAACGGUUUGUACCUGUUCAGAUCUCCCCAGUAGUUUGGGACAUGGCGAGGAAGCGAGUCUCUAUAGGUGGACUAUUUUGUGUUUGAGAGUUAAGACAGAUAAGUAUUGCUUUACAGACAGAGAGCAUCAUAGAGAUUGCCUCCACUACUAACUAUUCCAGCAUCAACACUGAACGUUAGACUGGAUGUUGCGAGUCUGACCAUGCAGUCAACUGGACUGGAGCAAGAAGACUACUUCGAUUUCUUGUUCAAGAUUAUUCUAAUCGGAGACACAGAUGUUGGCAAAACGUCUGUGAUUCAGAGAUUUAAGACUGGGAACUUCUCUGAGAGACAGCAGAGCACUAUCGGAGUGGACUUCAUUGUUCGCACCCUCAAUAUCCAGGGCAGAAAAGUAAAGAUGCAGGUUUGGGACACGGCAGGGCAGGAGCGUUUCCGCACCAUCACACAGAGCUACUAUCGUAGUGCACAUGCAGCGAUGAUCACCUACGAUAUCACCCGCGAAUCCACGUUCAACUCUGUACCACAGUGGAUCCGGGAGAUGGAGCAGUACGGAGCCGCCAACGUCCUACUGGCCCUCAUAGGUAACAAGUGUGACCUGGAGUCUGAGAGACAGGUUGAGUUUAAUGAAGCAUGCACAGUAGCGAAGCAGAAAGGAUUUGUAGUAGCUCUAGAAACCUCAGCAAAGGAGGCCCAGAAUGUGGAUCAGGCCUUCAUCGUGAUGGCACAUGAGCUACUGGCACGCAAUGGACUGGCUGUAAAGGAGCACGGUUAUCACGUGGAUUCUCCACGCAUCUUACUGCCUUCCAACACCACAACGAUUAACAGCCCCACAAACAAUGUGGAGAAAAAGCCAUGCCAGUGCUAAGACUAGACUCUAUAUAUUUUAAAACAACAACAACAACAACAAAAAAACAACAACAGAAUUUACCCUCAAAUCACAAUUUUUGUUCAUUGCAUUCUAAAUCCAGUUAACCCCCCCGACACAAUCUUCUAUAAGGAUGUAAGCCAAAAUAUUCCAACAUAAAUAAUGCAAUGUAUAGUCAGUUAAGCAGGCUCAAUAACAGCCCUUUCAGUAGUUUGUUCUAUUAAUCAUACAGCUGACUGAUAUAUAUCAUAUCAAGCACCUUAAGUACAUAUUGGUAUACUUUAUGCACCAACACUAUAAAUAUGACUAAGAAGCAUGCGUUGGCUAUGAUAUAUUAGUGAGCCAUGAAAUGUCCAUAACGUGUGCUGAUGGCAGAUUUGCAGAUUUCUCAGCUGACAUGUAGGAUUUAUAAUCAACUGGAUAAAUGAGCCAUCCUCUUUUGAAACAAAAUUGCAAAACACUCUUCCUUAAAGUUGUUCCAUAACCUUACCUUUAUAAUAAAAGUGCUUUAAAGUUUAACUGUGAAUAUGACCAACCAACAUAAAUCUAUAAAUAAAGGUUUCAGGGUAGAUAGUUAAACGUUUAAUUUGGGUGUACUGUACAAAUAAAGUAAAUGAUGAUGCUGAACAUGGAGGUGUUUGAUUCGGUCACUGCAGUUAUUUGUGCCUUUGAGUUACAUUUUGAUGUAAUUAAUGUUUUAUAGAUGCCACAAAGUGUUACUGAGGUUGAUGUUCUGGCUGAUAUGUUAACUGUGAUAUUAAACUAUGUUCAUGUAACAGUUGUUU